AUGGCUCGAGGCGAUAUUCGCCUAGUUUGCGGAGACCGAUGUAUGCUUAAUCUUACAAAAUCAACCCAAUUUAUCACUGAUAUUUGUGUAGUGAUGGAUGGAGAUAACGCACCUGACACCAGUGAAACGAGUGCUGUUGAGAGCUAUUUGGAGUAUCAAGAUGGGUUUAUUAGCUCUGAGCGUCAAACACCUUCAGGAGACAGCUCAGACGCUGGCACGUUUCUCUUCCACCCAGACAAUGAUGAUUUCGAUGAGAAUGAUCAGCGUCAAACACCUUCAAGAGACAGCUCAGACGCUGGCACGUUUCUCUUCCACCCAGACAAUGAUGAUUUCGAUGAGAAUGAUCAGGUCAGACUUUCCAUUUUCGCAGAGAAAACUCCCAUUGUUAAAGGUUUCCUCACUUUUUUUGUGGAACUAUUUAUUCUUCAAUAG